AUGAUCUCCGAAAUUCGUCUGCGAUCUCUAAUAGAUCAGGUUCAGACAGCCAUUUGGCCGGACAGCUCGAAGCUGCAGAGCUCGCAUAUUAGUCUGACCAGUCCAGACGCAGUGAAUCUCAGCUCGCUCUACGAGGAUAUAGGAACAAUACUCAGAGAACCAAUAUUCAGAGAAGAUCCUCUGCUUGACGACUUUAUUCCGUUAACUAUCCAUUUUGUCACCAAUAAUUUAAAAAGCAGCGAAAAGUUAUCGGGAUUUCACUCUGAUGAUCAGCAGGCCUUCGAAGAGGCAUUGGAGCUGCAGAGGUCCAAGUCCAUGCGGCCAAUCUUCAGAAUGUUGGCCAAUUAUGUCGCUGAUAACGACUUGAACAGAGCUCGCGUGUUAAAACUGUAUCAGCCGUUGUUUGAGCUUAUCCCGCAACUACUCAGAAUACGCACAGACGUUGUAUUUGUGGUCUGCCAUUUCGUUAUGAACUUCCAAAUGGACUACAAAGCGGCACAUGCCGCCUUGACGGAGGCGUGCGUUCGUACAGAAAAUAAUUUGUUAGAUUCGGUUAUGUAUAACCUGAAGUCUGGAGUGUCAGGGUCAUCUAAUGAAUAUGAGGCGUCGUUGGAUAUUAUGAACGAAUUGUGUUCGCUCGAAACGAUCAGUUCGGAAUACAAGGUCGAGCUAGAUGAUCUUAUUGAGCUCAUUGGAGGAAUUCUGGGGGAUCUCAGAGAUACCAAGGAUGACCUGGAUGCUGAGGAGAAGCUGGGUUUGCUUUCUGUAGUUGCUCGGCUGUCAGAGUUUAAAAACCUGACCUUCAAAAAAAGCCAAAUGGAGAGAAUGCUUCUUCUGCUCGUCAACUUCCUUGACGAAGUGGCGAAACUCGAACAAUACGAUACUGCAGAGAUUCUGGAUCGUGGUCUUGACUGUGUCAAGAUUUUGUCGUCUAACGAAUCUUUGGUACCUGAUAGACACUUCGUGGAUUGCUUCUCUGCUUGCAUCAAAAGCGUUCACUCGAAGUUUGGCUCGUCUUCCCUUUGCAUCAUUUUGGGAAAUUGUGUGGUAUCUGGGGAGACUCAAAGCAUGGUAAUCCGUUCACUGGAAACGCAAACCCCCCAAUUCAUGAGUCUCCUUCUGGAAACAAUCAACUCUCAAUUGCGUGAUGAAAAGCCGAACUUUCAGCUCUAUAAUUCUGCAUUUGUGAUUCAAAAAUUGGUCAGUAACGAAAAGAGUAUGGACGAGCUCUUUUCAGAUUUUGCGCCUAUGGCUCGCUUCAAAGAGAUGAUUGGCCAUUUUCUCUCAAAUGACGCAUUGUUCACAUAUCACAAAGAAGUCUCAUCGGUACUGCUCAAAACGCUGGAUCGUUUUGUUUUGGCGCUUCAGAACAAUAGUACUUCCGCCCGUUUUAGUGUGUUGUUCUGUGACCCACAGAGUAUGAUAUCAUACCUAGCCUCUUUCAUUGAUUCCUCUAGGCCCAUGCAAGAGGAUGACAGACAGACUUACAUAUCGGUGUUCCUUUGCAAAGUUUUGGCUCUGUUGUUCUCUAUCAAGCCAGAGCUAUCUGCUAAUAAUCGAAUCAUUGGGCUUCUGGAGAAGCUGAUGGCGCUCACAAAAGGACAAUCUGCAAUACCGUUUCCUUUUGUUUUUGAAAGAAUCAAGCUCUUGGGUUUCUGUUUGGGUCCAAUAACUCAUUCUCAGAGUGUCUUCGUUGAUGUCCAGUCUAAACUCUUAGAAGAUGGCUAUGAAUCUUUCAAGCUUGAAGAUGUACUUACCGAAACGGUUCAGUUAUGCGAUUCUCUGAAGAACCAGCCAGAUGGCAUUCCUCAGCAGCAAGUGAAGCCUCAUACAGAAGCUCUGGAUAACAAUUUGAAGUUUGUUUGUGCUCGUGUAUUGGCUUCCCAAGGCUUGUAUAAUGUGAGCGAGCCGUUGGAACAAACAUGCAGGAACGUUCUACAAGCACCAUGA